AACUCAUAUUUACUGUUUCAUUUCUAAUUCAAUGUUCUGGAUUUCAUAAUCAGAGCCAGAACAUCUAAAAUUGUGUCUCACUGUCCAAAAACUUACGGACUACACCCUAUGUUCUUCUUGGUCCCACAGCUGGAGAGAGCACCAGGGUGGCAGAACAUGAGGAGGUGCAGGAGUGCAGGGUGAAGUGUCUAAACAACCUUGCAGCGACUCAGAUGAAGCUGGAGCACGUUGACGAGGCAUUGCUGACCUGCCAGGAUGUCCUCUUCCUGGACCCCCUCAAUGUCAAAGCUCUCUUCCGGAAAGGAAAGCUGCUGUCUGAUAAGGGGGAGUACCAGGAGGCCAUGGAGACACUGAAGAAGGCCCUCAGACUGGAACCUUCUACCAAGGAGAAUGCUGGUACAAACAGGGAAGAGGCAGGUGAGGAAGGAGUGGCAGGUGAAGGAGUAACAGGUGGAGGGAGUGAGGUGAGGUCUUAA